AUGAACGGCAUUGCUGUCAUCGGAAUGGCGUGUCGGCUUCCUGGUGGAGUCAACAGCCCCAACGAGUUAUGGCAGAUGAUCCUUGAGACGCGUGAUGGCUCAGGCGAAAUAUCGAGCAACCGAUGGGAGCCGUGGGCCAGAAGAGAUCCGCGAAACCCGAAUGUUUUGGAGGAGAUUACAAAGAAAGGAUACUUCUUGGAUAAUUUGGGGGAUUUUGAUCCGGCAUUCUUUGGCGUAUCGCCCAAAGAAGCGGAGCAAAUGGACCCUCAACAAAGGCUUGUGCUUGAAGUUUCCUGGGAAGCCCUAGAAAGAGCAGGGGUCUCCCCAAAUAUUCUCUCGGGAUCCGACACCGGUGUUUAUAUCGGGGUGAACUCUGAUGAUUACUCUCGCUUGCUGCUUGGUGACCUUCCCAAUGUGGAGCCCUGGAUGGGAAUCGGCACAGCUUAUUGCGGUGUCCCAAAUCGUCUUUCUUAUCAACUCAACUUGAUGGGACCAAGCAUGGCAGUUGAUGCAGCCUGCGCAUCGUCUUUAGCUGCGGUUCACCUCGGGAAACAGGCUAUCCUCCAGGGAGAGUGCAAGCUUGCUAUAGUGGGAGGCGUGAACGCAUUGUGCAGCCCUGAAAUGACCGCUGUUCUGGCAAAAUCUGGGGCUACCUCGAAGGAAGGCAUAUGUCAAUCCUUUGAUGAUGCUGCCCACGGCUAUGGUCGGGGUGAAGGUGCUGCAAUCAUCAUUCUCAAGCACCUUGACGAAGCUAUCAAUGACGGUGAUAAUAUUGAUGCCAUUAUCAAAGGGAGUGCGGUUGCUCAGGAUGGACGUACCAAUGGGAUUAUGGCUCCCAAUGCAAAUGCACAAGAAUUAGUCGCUAGAAAAGCGCUCGAUGAUGCUGGAGUUGAUUCCAUGACGAUCAACUAUGUUGAGGCCCAUGCCACCUCUACUGCGCUUGGUGAUGUAACCGAAAUAUCAGCAAUUUCACGAGUUUACGGAGGACCACAGAGGUCAGAAAGCCCUUGCUACAUCGGCUCUGUGAAGGCCAAUGUCGGUCAUCUAGAAGCUGGUGCCGGUGCGGUCGGCUUGAUUAGGGCAGUGAUGUCAAUUUCUACGGGCAUUAUUCCACCCCAGGCCGGAUUGAAACAGCUCAACUCAAAUAUCAAUUGGAGUGGCGCUGGGUUAAACGUCCCCCAAAAUGCUCAGACCUGGCCAAAUUCAAAAUCACCACGCCGCGCCGGGGUUUGCAGCUACGGGUACGGGGGAACGGUUUCUCAUUUGAUCGUUGAGCAGUAUAUACCACCAGCAUCGAACUGCCCGACGACACAGCUAGACAGUCCUCAGAUUCUUCUGCUAUCUGUGCCGCAAGAGAAGCGUAUGAGUGCUACGGCAGAGAAGCUGUCUUCUUGGGUCCAUGAUGACGGCGAAAAAUAUGCCCUAGCCAGCAUCGCAACAACUCUGGCGACCCGUCGGGCUCAUCACAAACACCGGGCCGCAUUGGUGGCAGAUGACCAUCAUGAUGCAGUUGCACAGCUCAAAUCACUCGCGAAAGGUGUAUCCACAGAAUGGAUUGCACAGAAUCGGGCUUUAAGCAAAGGUACUCGCAGAGGUGUUACCUUUGUCUUUUCUGGCCAUGGCUCACAGUGGGCAGAUAUGGGGAAAGAGUUGCUCAAGGAACCUGUCUUCCGUGAUAUCAUAGUUUCUCUUGAUCCAAUUGUGAAAGAUGAAAUCGGCUUUUCUGCCCUGGAUGCUCUUCGGAAGGGGGACUUUGAGGCCUCAGAUACGGUACAAGUCCUCAUCUACCUCAUGCAAGUGGGACUGAUGGCCAUUCUUAAGUCGAGAGGCUUACAACCCGACGCUGUAAUUGGACAUUCGGUGGGAGAAGUAGCUGCAGCGGUUGCUGCUGGCUGUCUAACUCCCCAAGAAGGGGCCUUGGUCGUGACAAAACGAGCCAAGCUAUACCAAAGAUUUAUAGGAACAGGGGCGAUGGCUGUCGUAUACAAGCCCUUUGAUGAAAUACAGAAAGAAUUGGGCCCACGUACCGACAUAGUCGCCGCAAUAGACUCAUCUCCAUCAUCGUGCGUUCUUUCCGGAGACAGACAGUCCUUGGAAACAUUCUGCCACUUCUUGAAUGGGCAAGGCGUCAAGUCGAUGUGGGUAAAGUCAGACAUUUCCUUUCACCACCCUAACCUCACAGAACUGGUUAAGCCUCUGGCCUGUUCUCUUGACGAUCUAAUCGCACCACGCGUACCAAAAGUUGCAAUUUAUUCCACAUCUCAGAACGAUCCAUGCAGCCGGCAACCUCGUGACAUUGAUUAUUGGUGCCAGAAUAUGGUCCAACCAGUGAAGCUUCGCUCUGCAGUAGCUGCUGCUGCCAAAGAUGGCCUUCGAGUGUUUUUGGAAAUUUCACCGCACCCUAUUGUAUCUCAUUUUGUCCAGGAAACUUUGAUGAGUUCGGAAAUCAGUGAUCCUGGUGUUUAUCAUACCAUGCGUCGUCACAAGCCAGCGGAAAAAACGAUUCUUUACAGCUUAGCGCAAUUACAUUGCCAUGGCUGUGACAUUAAGUGGAAUACCGUGAUGAAGAUACCUUGGACACCUGAGGUUCCUCUCACUGGCUGGUAUCACCAAAUGAUCUGGAAGGAUGUUGAGACGACGCCAUUCGGUACUGCGAUGACCCACAGUGUGGAGAGGCACGCACUCCUAGGGUCACGUCUCUCUGUGGCUGGUGAAGAUAUUGUUACCUACUCAACCAAUCUCGAUAAGGAAUCCAAACCUUUCCCUGGAAAUCACCCUAUUCAAGGGUCUGAAAUAAUCCCGGCCGCCGUGUUGAUCAAUACUUUCCUGCUCGGUACUGGGGCUCUCGAGCUCUCCAAAUUUCACCUUCGCAUUCCAAUUUCCACUGAAAAGCCGCGAGAUAUCCAGUUUGUCGUAAGUCCGGGUCAUGCCAAGAUAUGUUCUCGCCUUGUUCGUGACAAUUCAGAGAGUCAGUGCGAUGACAAUUCGUGGCAAACCCAUACGACAGGCUGCUGGUCGACCAUAGAGGCUGCUGAAAUGAGGGUGCCAUACAAGCUUGACAUUAAACUGAAGAAGGCCGUAAUCGGCCAAAGGUUGUCAAACACAUUCUCAGUUGAUUAUCUGUCAAAUAUCGGUGUCUCAAGCAUGGGAUUUCCUUGGAUCGUACUCGAACAUUUUGGAAAUCAGGACGAGAUGAUCGCGCUGGUCGAUGUCGCUCCUGAAGUCGAUCGCACUGCCAGCCUUCCUUGGGAUCCCCACUCAUGGGCACCGAUUCUUGAUUCAGCGACAUCUGUGGGGUCAACUUUGUUUGCCAGCAAGCCUAGACUCCGAAUGCCAUCUCACGUCGAAAGGAUUUCUGUCCUGACGAAACAGGCCCCGCCAAAGGUGUGCCACCUCCAUGUCAAAGCGGUGGAGAAUCUUCCUUUCGCUGCUCACAUAAAUGUGUACAACGAGCAGGGAGACCGGCUGGUAUGUAUUGAAUCAAUGCAAUUUUCAGAGCUCGAGGGUAACAUUUCCUCCAAUGCCGGACUGGAGAGCCUCGUGCAUCAGAUUGCAUGGCCGCCAGCAAUCUACAAUGAAAUGGCCUUACCAUUCAGCAAUAUUGUGCUAAUAUCGAGAGACUCAGCUUUAGCACACCUUUACAGAGAGAGCCUGUCUUCCACUGUUCUCACAAUCAUUGUUUUGGAUAAUAUAGGGGAACUCUUGAGUCGGAUGAAAGAUCUAGAGGGCGACACGGCGGUUGUAUAUCUUCCCACAUUAGAUCCAGGACUUGAUUCAAUCGCGACUGCAGCCUAUGAUCAGUCUAUGGACUUGAUUAAUAUUGCAAGGCUAUCUGCAGACUCAAAUCUGUCAAUCAAAAUCUAUGUCUUGACAAACGGGGUAUUUAUAGGCCAGUUGACGGCUCUGGCUCAGUCGACGCUGACUGGAUUAUCUCGAAUUAUUGCUUCGGAGCAUCCUGAUAUUUGGGGGGCUCUUAUUGACCUGGAAUCAACUAAAAUACCCAUCGAGGUCAUGAAGUACGUUCAGGGAGAGGAUGUUAUUCGUAUUUCUGACGGUAUCCCUCGAGUCGCUCGAUUGCGACCUCUUUCACCAAGCCAACUGCUGCCUCGAUUCAUGGUUCCUCAAUUGUCUUCUCCUGAUGGCACAUACUUGAUUACAGGUGGCUUGGGAGUGUUGGGCCUGGCAACGGCAGAAUUUCUUGUACAACUGGGGGCUCGUCGACUUAUUCUUGUUUCAAGGCGCGGGGUACCACCUCGCAAAAGCUGGCCCGCAAAGAUUACUGAGUCGUCACCAAUGACGCCUACACUUCAGAAGCUUCAGCACCUUGAGGCAUAUGGUGCAACAAUCAAGACAUUGGUGUUUGAUAUUGGCUCAAGUUCGGGUCCACAAUUGUUGUCCGAUGCGAUUGAUGCUUUGAAUUUUCCUCCAAUUUGUGGUGUUAUCCACGCAGCAGGUGUGCUAGAAGAUGAGCUCAUUUUGUCUAUCACAGCAAAAGGUCUAGCUCAUGUUCUUUCACCAAAGGUGUCCGGUGCCAUAUUACUUCACCGUCUCUUUCCACCAAAGACCCUGAAUUUUAUGGCCUUCUUCUCCUCUUGCGGACAGUUAUUUGGCUUCCCCGGGCAGGGCUCUUAUGCUGCCGGUAACGCAUUUUUGGACGCACUUGCAACUCAUCGCCGCGACCAAGGUGAUAACACCAUCUCAUUUCAGUGGAGUAGUUGGCGUGGAAUGGGGAUGUCCACAAGCACUGGAUUCAUCGACGCUGAAUUAGCCAAUAAGGGAAUCACAGAUAUUACACGCGAUGAAGCGUUGCAGGCCUUUAUGCACGCCUGGAAAUAUGAUACAUCCCAAGUCACUGUUCUGAGGAGCUUGCCUAUCGAACAUGAUGAACCAAUUCCAAUCCCAAUCCUCACUGAGAUCAUCAAGCGCAAAGCCCUAGCUUCGACUCCUUCUAACGAGUCGUCCUCUACAAGAAGCCCAGCAGAUUUAUUGCCCCCUUCCAAAGAGGAGCGUCGGUCGUAUCUUGAUCAUACGAUUCGAGGAUGCUUAUCGCAGGUACUGCAUCUAUCUGGGCCCGAGGAGGUCGAUUCAAAGGCAGUGAUGAGUGAUUUAGGUCUAGACAGUGUCUUAACGGUGACUCUGCGAGGGUUACUGGGAAAAGCGACGGGGGUAAACGUGCCACCGACACUGACAUGGGCUUGCCCCACUGUCCUUGACUUGGUCAGUUGGUUUGAAACCAGAGCUUGA